GCAUCGCUCCUCGGCGCGUUUUAUGACACAGCUGUUAACUUUUGCCGUUUUCUGACAGACAGGCUAAACAAAAAGAGGGGCGAGACAGACGAGGAGCUGCACCAGACAGGAGGACCAAAGGAGAGAAACAUUACAGUCUCCAUGUUCCAGCUGCCCAUUUUGAAUUUCAGCCCCCAGCAAGUCGCGGGGGUCUGUGAGACGCUCGAAGAGAGCGGAGACGUGGAGAGGCUCGGCCGCUUUCUUUGGUCACUCCCGGUGGCGCCGUCCGCCUGCGAUGUGCUCAGUAAGAACGAGUCUGUCCUGCGCGCGCGCGCGGUCGUGGCCUUUCACGCGGGCAACUUCCGCGAGCUCUACCACAUAUUGGAGAACCACAAAUUCACGAAGGACUCACACGCGAAGCUGCAGGCGCUCUGGCUUGAGGCGCACUACCAGGAGGCUGAGAAACUCCGUGGGCGUCCGUUGGGACCCGUGGACAAGUACCGUGUUCGAAAGAAGUUUCCACUGCCUCGGACGAUAUGGGACGGGGAACAGAAAACGCACUGCUUUAAGGAGAGAACGCGGCAUCUGCUGAGAGAGUGGUACCUGCAGGACCCUUACCCAAAUCCCAGCAAAAAAAGAGAGCUGGCGCAGGCAACUGGACUCACACCCACGCAAGUGGGCAACUGGUUUAAAAACCGGAGGCAAAGGGACCGGGCGGCAGCGGCCAAGAACAGGCUACAGCAGCAGGUUCUGUCCGGUGGCUCGGUCCGAUCGCUGGGGGACGAUGACACCACGGUAGACCGCCUAGGUCCCGCCUCAAGCCCAGAAGUCAGCCUCUCGAGCAAGGCCGCCACCUCCGCCAUCUCCAUCACCUCCAGCGACAGUGAAUGUGACAUCUAACGUGACAGGCUUCAAAAGAGCAAACCGAAGAACUGUAAGAGACAAUCUCGCAACAAAACUUUAGUGCCUGCAACCGGCCCAAAGAGAGGCCAAAAUGAAAGAUGGAAAGAAAACCAUCACACACUUUCAUUUCCCAUUCGUUGAUUUGAUCGAAAUGGGCAGUGCUUCUCACGAAGACAG